UUCUUAAAGGAGACGGAAGGUGGUCUUGCCCUCAUAAUCUCCACCGGGGUUGGUUCGGCCGCGAGAAAGGAAUCAGGAAUCUGUUCUGUGCGAAAUCGACCGAUGGGAUCUCUGCAAGACGAGCGGAGCGUUUCUUUGGAAGAAGCGCUCUUGCCUGAGAAUGAAAAUAAAGGGCCAUAUACUGGAGAUGGAUCUGUGGAUAUUCAUGGAAACCCUGUUUUAAAGGAAUCCACAGGCAACUGGAGAGCAUGCCCCUUCAUUCUUGGGAAUGAGUGUUGUGAGCGUUUAGCUUACUAUGGAAUAUCUACAAAUCUUGUCACUUACUUGAAGAACAAGCUGCAUCAGGGAAAUGCCUCAGCUGCAAGAAAUGUCACGACAUGGCAAGGUACCUGCUAUAUUACUCCAUUGAUUGGAGCAAUUUUAGCCGAUGCAUAUUGGGGAAGAUAUUGGACAAUUGCAGUAUUUUCAACAAUAUACUUCCUUGGAAUGGCUACAUUGACCCUUUCAGCUUCAGUUCCUGCAUUUAAGCCUCCAGCCUGUAUAGGAUCAUUUUGCCCAGAAGCAAGUGCAUUUCAAUAUGCUAUCUUUUUCAGUGGACUCUACCUGAUUUCACUAGGGACUGGUGGGAUUAAACCUUGUGUUUCUUCAUUUGGUGCUGACCAGUUUGAUGAUACUGAUCCAAGAGAGCGAGUGAAGAAGGGAUCUUUUUUUAAUUGGUUUUACUUCUCUAUUAAUAUUGGUGCUCUAAUAUCUAGCAGCCUUUUAGUUUGGGUACAAGACAAUUAUGGAUGGGGCUUGGGUUUCGCAAUCCCUACAUUAUUUAUGGGAUUAGCAAUACUGAGUUUUUUCUUUGGCACCACACUAUAUAGAUUUCAAAAACCUGGAGGAAGCCCUAUUGUAAGGAUGUGCCAGGUGAUUGUUUCCUCAUUUCGCAAAUGGAAAGUGCUUGUGCCUCAUGACAUUUCUCUCCUAUAUGAAGUGCCUGAGAAGUCCUCUGCAAUCAAAGGAAGUCGAAAAAUAGAACACACAGAUGAACUCAGAUUUCUCGACAAAGCUGCUACUGUGACAGAAACUGAUACGAACACUGAAAGCUUUUCAAACCCAUGGAGACUGUGUACUGUCACUCAAGUGGAAGAAUUGAAGAUUCUGGUCCGGAUGUUCCCUGUCUGGGCAACUACCAUAGUUUUCUCUGCAGUCUAUGCACAGAUAUCGACUAUGUUUGUUGAGCAAGGAAUGGUGAUGGACACAAAAAUAGGCUCCUUCACCAUUCCACCUGCAUCUCUUUCAACAUUUGACGUUAUCAGUGUGAUCAUAUGGGUGCCAGUCUAUGACAGCAUUCUUGUUCCAGUGGUGAAGAGAUUCACAGGCAAAGAGAGAGGCUUUUCAGAAUUGCAAAGGAUGGGCAUUGGCCUGUUCGUAUCCAUACUAGCUAUGGCAGCAGCUGCAGUGGUCGAGAUCUGGCGGCUGAACAUCGCCAAAGCUGAGGGUUUAAUUCAUGAGAAAGAGGCGGUUCCCUUGAGCAUUUUAUGGCAGAUGCCACAGUAUUUUUUAGUUGGAGCAGCCGAAGUAUUCACAUUCAUUGGGUCACUUGAAUUUUUCUACGAUCAAUCUCCUGAUGCAAUGAGAAGUCUAUGCAGUGCGCUAUCGCUUCUCACAACUGCCCUCGGAAACUACUUGAGUUCCUUCAUUGUGACUGUAGUGGCAUCGAUAACAACUCGAGGAGGGCAGAUUGGAUGGAUUCCUGACAACUUGAACGAAGGGCACCUAGAUUAUUACUUCUGGCUUCUUGCCGGGCUGAGUUUUUUGAACCUUCUGGUUUAUGUCGCCUGUGCAACCAGGUACACAAGCAAGAAGGCUACUUGAAGUACAAAACUGUUGGUUAAGUUAUAUUCCUGAAUCAUGGAAUUGGAUAUUGGUUAGUUAUUGUUCAGUCAAUGAUGUGAAUGUAUCUGUCCUAUGUUAAAACCAUGGUGCAACAGUUGCCUCUUUUCAAUUACAAUAGCUUUUGAUUA